AUGCCCGCCCAAGUCAUGACUGAGAUGACCUUUUCGGAACUUCAAUUUCCGGGAAAGGAAACCACUUCUCCAUCCAUCACAAGGUUAGAGGGAAAGAUUGCAAUUGUGACAGGUGGAGCUAGAGGGAUUGGCGAGGCAACAGUUCGACUCUUUGCAAGGCACGGAGCCAAAGUGGUCAUUGCAGAUGUCGAGGAUAUAGCUGGAAAUGCAUUGGCAAACUCACUAGGCCCUUCAGUUUCAUUCAUACAUUGCGACGUGAGCCUUGAACAAGACGUCGAGAAUUUAAUCAAUUCAACAGUUUCACGUUUCGGAAAGCUCGAUAUCCUCUUCAACAAUGCAGGUGUCCUUGGAAACCAAUCGAAGCACAAAAGCAUUGUCGAUUUUGAUGUUAAUGAAUUCGAUCGUGUGAUGAAUGUGAACGUGCGCGGAGUGGCACUAGGGAUGAAGCACGCGGCCCGUGCAAUGAUUCCAAGAGGAACUGGAUGCAUUAUAUCAAUGUCGAGUGUAGCCGGAGUGAUGGGCGGGCUCGGUCCGCAUGCUUAUACUGCUUCGAAGCACGCCAUUGUUGGGCUAACAAAAAAUGCUGCUUGUGAAUUGGGCAGAAAUGGGAUUAGGGUUAAUUGCAUUUCUCCAUUCGGCGUGGCUACUUCAAUGCUUAUAAACGCUUGGAGAACAUUUGACGAUGACGAAGAACAAGACGAGAUUCAUGAACGAGAAGUGGAAAAAACUGAGGAAUUUGUGAGGAGUUUGGCCAAUUUGAAAGGUCCAACAUUGAAGGCUAAAGAUAUUGCAGAGGCUGCGCUUUAUCUUGCAAGUGAUGAAUCAAGAUAUGUAAGUGGUCAUAAUCUGGUUGUGGAUGGUGGUGUUACUACCUCUAGAAAUUGUGUAAAUUUGUAG